AGCGCGUGCUCGUGUUGACAACGUCACGUGAUCCCCCUCGCCCCCCACGUGACUCACGCACGCGCACCCCGGAGAGCCUCCGCCGACGCCACCCGGCUGCGUCAACCUGGGGGACGCUGCGACGUUUGAGAACUUUCAACGACGACGACAACAACAAAGAUUCCCCAGCUUCGGUUCUCUUUAUCCGUGCGAUGGGAGUGACGCGCCCAUUGCCGAGCUCGCUUUGGACAUAACGGUGGAAAGAAAAGCAAAGGAGGAAGGGCCGGGGACCCACCCUGCGGGCCUAGUCUUUCCGCGCCGUGCUCGGUGCGCCAUGGAGCGGCCGCGCGGCUAUCCGAGGCUCCGCGUCCCCGCGGCGCUCGCGAGGCUCACGGCCCGCGUCUCGCUGGCCCGCGCGGCGCCGCUCGCGGCAGCGGCGAGACAGUUCCCCGUGUCGUUCGGCACCCUGACGCUACUCGCCACGCUCACUUUGCUGCUCAACAGGUACUUGCACAUCUUCAUGGUGUUUUGGUCCUUCCUGGCGGGGCUGGCAACAUUUUACUAUGCGCUCAGCCCGGAGACUCUGGUCCCAAACCUGCUGUUUCUCAUAAGCAAGAAGCAGAAGGAUCCGGAUGGAUUGUCUAGACCGAUUGGGUGUGCUGUUUGCGGCGAUGUGAAAUGCAACAGGCAUAGGCCUACACUUUCGCUGGAAAGCAUGCAGCCCUGGCUCGACUUGAAGGUUCCUCAAAAGGUGGAUGCAUCCUUAGCAGAGUUGUUGGAGCUUGUGCUGAAGAAUUUCAUCUAUCCUUGGUACAGCGAUUUCACGGACGACGAGGCUCUGGUGGACGAGCUGCGCCUCACUAUGCGCUUCGCCGCCGCCGUGCUGCUCCGUCGAACCAAGAAGGUCGAUGUUCCCUCCCUCAUCACGGACAAGUUGCUCAAGGUGGCCAUGAAGCACAUUGAGAUCGUGGUGCGAGCCAAGCAGAAAGUGCGCAACACGGACGCCCUGCAGCAGGCAGCUCUGGAGGAGUAUGGGCCCGACCUGCACCUGGCCCUCCGCAGCCGGCGCUCCGAGCUGCGCUAUCUGCGCACGCUGACCGAGAUGCUGCUUCCGCAGCUGAUCCCGCACAGCACGGCCGACACCAAGUCUCUGAUGUUGCUUGUGAGAGAGGUGGUGUCGGGCUCCGUGCUGCUACCCUUGCUGGACCAGCUGGCCUCGCCCGACUUUGUGAACUUCUUGAUUUUGCUAUUUUUGGACGAAACCCCGAUGAUGGACUCGAUGGAGCCAUCCUCACCUCUUGUGCCGUUUUUGGAGAAAUUUGUGCAGCCAAGGACAAAGUCCUUCACCGUGCUCAAGCUGGAGCUGAAGGAAAUUCGCAAGACCCAGGAGUUGCUCUUCCUCUUCAUGAAGUUCCUGAAGAGCCAGGCGGUCGUGCAUGUGCUGCAGUUCUGUCUCUCCGUGGAGGACUUCAACGACAAGCUAAUCCGGCCGGACCUGAACGACACCGAGAUGCAGGAGUUGCACGCCGAGGUCUGCUGUCUGUACCGCACUUAUUGCUGUGACGGCAGCGUCGACAAGAUCAAGUUUGACCCUGCCGUGGUGGCGGGACUCGCUACAGUGGUGCACGGACCAUACGCCGACGUGGUGAGGCUGCAGAACACGCCGCACCUGUUCCAGGCCUACGAGCACGUGCUGGCGCUCUUGGAGAACGUGUUCACCCCCAUGUUCUGGCAGAGCGACGAGUAUUUCAGGUACAUGAUCGGAGAUGAGAACUUGAACUCCACCCAGGGAAAGAUGAUGAAAGCAAGCUUGUCCAUAGAGGAUGGCAGGCAGCUGAACCGGCGUGGCGGUGAGACCUUUGGAAUCGGCCGCAUCAGCAGCAAGUUCAAGCAUGUGUUCAAGAGCAAUACGCUGGAGGGGGGCCUGCCCGUCAUGGAGGACCCAGACGAGCUGGGCCUGCAGGUGGAGGAGGCGAACAUGGUGGAGGAGGACGACUUCCUGGAGGACGCGGAGGCGGCCGCGGCGAUGCUGGCACAGCAACAGCCGCCGGCACCGCGCGAUCUCUCGUCGUGGCGCGUGUGCGCCGUCUCGCUGGACGUGGGCUAUGACGACGCCCGCAAGGAGAAGACCUUCCUCUUCCUCAUCGAGGUUCAGCGCCUGGACGGAAAGCCCGAUGAGCCUGGACACAAUCACUGGACUGUGAAGCGCAAAUACGACGAGUUCUACGCUCUGCAGACCAAGCUCACGGAAUUCCACGGCUCCUUCCCCGAUGCUCAGCUGCCUCCAAAGAAGGUGAUCGGAUCAAAGGGUCUCGAGUUUAUGGAGUCCAAGACUAAGGGCUUCGAGCUAUACCUGCAGAGCUUACUGCAGCACCCGACGCUCACACACAGCCAGCUCCUCGUGGACUUCCUGUCUCGUGACGGAGAGGCGCAGUUCUCCGACAAGACCUUCCCAGACGUCAAUAUCGGAAAAAUCUUCAAAGCGGUCCCUCGGCUGAUGAAAGAGAGGGGGCAGCACCUGGAACCCUUCAUCCAGUCUUUUGUGGUCUCCUGCGAAGCACCCAAGCCCAAACCCGGCAGGAACGAGAUCACCGUCCUCAGCCCGAGCCAGAAGUGCGAUGCCAAGAUCUUCAGCCCACUCUUCGGCGACAAUGCCAGCCGCGUUGACGGCUGUGACAAGAAGAGGGGCCCCAACUUCUUCGUGGAGGAGAGGACCGUGAGCGGCAUCUAUGACUACCUCUUGUUCGUGGGCCGAAUAGUGUUCAAGAUACCCGAUUGGUUGCACCAGCUGCUGAUGGGGGGGCGCAUCCUGCUGAAGCACACGCUGGAGGCCUACUGCGACCACUACCUGGCCUACAAGAUAGGCCAGCUUCUGCAGGAGCACCGGCUGGAGGAGCUCCUGCACCUGCUUAGAGACGUCCUGUUCUUUGACAAAGACCCUUCCCGCACUCCCGAAGAGCAGCGUCUCCGAGCCCAGCAGACAUUCCAGGGCAUGAUGGCCUACAUUCCAGACAUGGCGGUGAGGUGCAUUGGAGAGGACGCCCGGUACGAGGGAAUCAAGCUACUGUUUGAUGGGCUGCAGCAGCCUCUGCUCAACAAGCAGCUCACCUAUCUGUUGCUGGACAUCGUCGUACUGGAACUCUUCCCAGAGAUCGACCAGAAGCUGAAGUGACUCGACAACCGAUGUCAAUACCUGCCACCCGAGCACGAGUCCCACAGAUUGAUUCUGCAGUGGGUGUCGCAUUUCAAAGCUGCGAUGCCAGCCCCAAUAAACGCCUGGCAUCUGUAGCCUACCUCGUAAACACGGCUCAUAGCAUGCGCACGCUCAAACACGGCAGAAUUCCUUCCCGUGGAAAAGCAUUUGAUGGGAAACAUAAUGCCCGCAUUUGAAUGGUUUGUUUGUUCCCGGCAAUCACAAUGAUGUUGGCUACUAUGAGCUGGCAUUACUCCAGUCUGGGUUCACAGCCUCUUAAAUUGUGUAGUUUUGGUGUGAGUGGCCAUACAUGCUUUUUAAACUAUUAAACGAUUUUUUUUAGUUACCAGGUAAGGCCCAUUGAAAAAUAUAGCUCUUUCUCAGAAGCAACCUGGCCACAAAUGAUAGCUCAAUGUAGCGGUUUAUGUGGAAAUUUAUAG